UCAAUUUUUAUCUGUCAAUAAGAAGAGCUGUUGGUUCGUUGGAUUUAAUGGUUGAAAAGUAAAGAAAUAAUUUAAAGUGAAGCAAUUCUAGGGACACGGUUUAUUCAAAGACUAUAAUAUUUUUAAGACACCCUUAUCAUGAAUCCCUGUUCCGUGGCAGUUCCGCAACAAGAUACUGAUGGUGAUGGACGUUGGAAUAGCAUCCACAAUAGAUUCCUUUCGGACGCAAAAGGAAAGGAUGGAGAUGUUAUAUUCAUCGGUGAUUCUAUACUACAAGCUUUAGAACAUACGGAAGUUUGGAACCAAUGGUUUGCACCACUUCACUGCCUUAAUUUUAGUAUUUACAAAGAUCAAACUCAAAAUGUUUUGUGGCGUAUAAGAAAUGGAGAGCUUGAUCAUGUUGACCCGAGAGUUAUAGUUCUGCAUGUUGGAACAAAUAAUGUUGAGCACACACCUGAGCAAGUAUGUGAGGGAAUCUUAGAAAUAGUUCACACAAUAAGAGAAAAGCAUCCAAGUGUUUAUAUUGUUUUACCUAGUCUACUUCCUAGAGGACAACAUCCAAAUGUACUGAGAGACAGGAACUCGAAAAUUAAUCAGCUUUUGAAAGAAAAAGUUGCUAAUAUGAAAAAGGUUGAAAUGGUGUCAAUAGACAAAGGGUUUAUCCAGAACGAUGGAACAAUAAGCCAUCAUGAUAUGCAUGAUUACCUCAUACCGACUAAUGCAGCUUGCAGGAAGGCCUUCGAACCUGUUUAUGAUCUCUUACAACAAAUUUUAUCAGAGGGUGAAACCGAAAAGGAUUUGACGCCCUCAGAAUAACAUUUUCUACAUACACCCAAUAACGUAAAGACACUUAGCUUUUUAUUGCGCAGCAAGCUUAUUGUGAUUGAAUAGUGGUACUUAAAUUUAGCUUUUUUAUCUUAGGUGUAAGCCAUAUAUUUUAUAAUAAUUUAUUAUUUACUUUUACUAUUUUACAUUCCAAAUUUGUGAAAUUAAUUGGCUGUGUUAUUUAUUAGGCCGAUGAUAUUAAUGGCAGCUGAUAUUUAUUAAAAUUGUUUGCAUCGAUACACGCAUGGAAUGAUCAUAGUAUUGAGGUGUUCCAACAUCAUCGCCAGCCAGUAAUAAAAAAAAUCAAUUUACGAGCGUUUAGCCCAUCACAAAUAUGUUUUCUGUGGAACGACUAUAAUUUUUUAAAAUAUUUUUUGAUUGAUUUUAAUUAACCGAAUCAAAUUAUUUUUAUUAUUAAUCUUUGUUGUUUGGUGAUGUAUGGUGUGAUUGUUGUGUUAUAUAUUUCUUAACUUUAAUAACUACUUUUUAUUAGAAGGGUAAAUUUUUAUAUGAACAAUCUUCUGAUAUUUAAGUAUUACAAGAAAUUAGUAAGCCAAAGACCAUUUUACUCUGAACCAAAGGUAAUGGGAAUAGUUGGGAUUGAAUAAAAUCUAAGUCGUCUGACCAGUUGUGAGACUGGUAAUCUUUUUCUUGUUAUAAUUCACACAUCCAAUAGUGUUACAUAGUAGGAAUUUUUUUACUAAGUUAUCUAAAAUAUAUAAUAUAGAACAUAAUAAUAUAAUGGAUCUUGUAAACUCAUGUUGCCAAACCGCUUGGAAUCUCGAAUGUGAUUAUUUAUUUGCAUGAAUGAGUAAGCUUAUAAGUAAAAGUGCAAUUUUCUA